AUGUCGUCCGAUGAACUCGAAAGGCUUCGGCAAUUGCUUGACGAACAGACACGCCUCCGUGAAGAAGAACAGCGCCUACGUCUAGUCGCCGAAGAACGGGCAACCCUCGAACAACGCCGUCGAGAAGAGGAACUUGCAUAUUUUGAGCAUAGGACAGGCAAGACAAGCCUACCCGAGUUCCUAGAUGCGUGCCAUACCUACCUCCAUAAAGACCUGACUAUCCAAGACCGCGCCGAAUCUACGCAAGGUACGCCUGCCAAUGCCGACCAAAAACUCCGCCCGGACCGCAUUGUUCCUUGGACGAAUUUUGCGGCACAGCAGAUUCACGUGUGGGGUCUCUUGAUGGAAUCGGACUUCGUCUCUGAGAGGCACUUUUCCUCACGUCAUACGUUGCAAGAAGGUGGAAAUCAGCUUCACCAGCGAAGUCUAAGCUCGGAGCUAGACCUGCACUACUUUGUCCGGUUCGCGGUCAACGACCGAGUGACCUCGAUCGUCGAGCGGCUAUCGCAGCAUCCAGAUCUGCGCGAGUCCUUGGGGCUACGGGGCAGCGUCAAAUUUGAAAACCACGGGAACAUGCUGAGUCCGGACGAUGUCCUGACGGACCUCGAGAAUUUGGCCGUCGCUCAGCCACGGCGUCGCUCACCGCGCUUACAAUACCCUUCAGAGUUCAACGCUACUCUUCCUCGAUCCUCGUCGCCCAGUCGAUCUCGACCCUCGGUCCCUCGAGCUGACCAAUUUUGCGUGUAUAGUGUCACCGACGGUGAUGGUAAUGUCACCCACAAGGUCCCAUUACUGGUUAUGGAAUAUAAGGCGGCGCAUAAAUUAACCUUAGGUCAUCUUUACACUGGACUCGCAGAAAUGGUUCUAGACGACAUUAUCCAGGAACAGCUUGAGGAAGAUGUCUCCAGAAAGUGCCAGCGACUAGUGGCCGCGGUGUUGACACAGGCAUUUGCCUCCAUGAUAGCUGCCAGGCUAGAAUUCGGAUGCGUCUUCACGGGCGAGGCCAUGGUCUUCCUCCGCAUUCCCGAGGAGUGCUCCUGCUUACAAUACGCCUUGGUAGUCCCGCAAGGUGACGUGGGGUUGACCACCGGCUGGACGCCAAAUUUAGAUGCAGACAACCGACUGCAUCUUACGGCGGUCGGUCAGCUGCUGGCAUUCACCUUGAAUGCUAUCCGGAGCCCUCGGCGCAGUCUACGGUGGCGUCAGGAAGCCGAGAGACGACUUCAGACAUGGCAGCUGGUGCUGGAAGAACUGGCAGCGAAAGUGCCGGAGGAGGAGGUACCCGGAUCAGAGUAUCGCCCGCCGUGUGGAAACGAAGCGUAUCUUCUCGGAAGGUCUCCGAUCCGCCGACGGCUGCGCCCCCGACACUUCGCGACGAGUGAUACCGGCGAGACGGGACGAAAAUAUUCAGAGGAGAGUGACGCAGACGAUGGAGAUGACGGUUAUGAUGGUAAUGGAUUUCCUUCGGGAACCCCGAGCCGAGCGCCGAUAAACAAGUCACGGGCCCCUACACACGGAGGGACACGAUGUGGGCGUCCGGGAUCUCGAGGAAGCUCAUCAACGACGCAGCCUGGGUCUGGUCGACAACGAGACCUAGGACCCUAUUGUUCAGCCUUGUGCCUCAAAGGUCUUGUAGAACAGGGUCCUUUGGAUCGCUCCUGUCCAAACGUGCGACAGCAUGGCACGGGCCUACACCACGCACUCGACCGUCGGCAAUUUAUACAGUUGGUCCGCCGCGUUUUUCAAAAGGACCUUGACUAUUGCGAAGAACUAUUCCUCUACGGGGCGACAGGGUGUCUAUACCGCCUCCGCCUGCCUGGGUGGGGCUACACGGUGGUGGCCAAAGGUACGCGUCCUGAAUUUGUGCGAGACCUCCAGCGCGAGGCGACGAUUUACCAGACCUUCCUAAAACAGCUUCAGGGAACGUGGACCCCUGUAUAUCUGGGAAGUUUGCACCUCAAUCAACCUCUCUCUUACGCGGGCAUUGCACCAAUCUCGUACUUGAUGGUCCUGUCGUAUGGAGGAUACUCGAUAAAUCACAUGCGAACCGUGCCCGUGGUAGUCGACGCGGCCUUGGAGGGUCUGCGAGCGAUCCACCGUCAAGGGAUCUUACAUGGAGACAUCGCACCGCGCAAUAUUCUGUGGAAUGCGUCAACGCAACAAGUGGUCUGGCACGAUUUUGGAUCCGCAAAGGUCAAUCGGCCCCCGCCCCUCGGCAAGAAAUCGGUGAACCCGCAGACCGUCACAGUCUUGGGCAAGAGAAGUGCGAGCUCUGUUGUAGCAUUGUUCGAAGCGGAGCUUUCGAAGGUGUCGGCGAUAUUCAAGCCAAAGAGAUCCGUCGUGAGGGAAAACCCACUGUUGUCAGCCUAUGCCUCACGUUGGAGAAAUCCAACCGAGGUCCCGAAGAAUCGGGAAGAGGCCAGCAGUAUGUCCCUGCAUGUUAUAGCCCAGUAA